UACAUGACAUCUGUCUAUAAGAACUGUGUAUUUUUUCUACAGGAACAUUGUAUUUUUCUAUGAGAACUGUUUAUUUUUCUAUGAGAACUGUGUACUAUACCUAUGAUGAGCCAAUGUAAAAACUCUAUCUCAAUUUUGUUCAUAUAUUUAACAGGGCAUGAGAAGACUUACACACAAGAUUUGAAAACUUCUUACGAGAUCAGACCAAGAACACUAACAAUGGAGGAGGCAGGAGUCAUUACAAGAUCGAAAACUCAACCUGACAGGCCAGCAACCUCCUUAGUUAGCCAAUCAUCACAGAACCCUUCGCAAACUCAGGGAAAGAAACGACAAAGACCAAAACAGGAAAAGGUCGCCAAAAAACGCCAAAGGCUUACCCAACAAUCUGAAUCUGAACCAGACUCCCCAAUCCAGACCCAAAAGCAAACCCAACAAAAGAAACAUCAGAGCCCAAAACAGAAAAAGAAGGCCAUGAAACAAGAAUCAGAAUCAGAAUCAGAAUCACAACCAGACUCCCCAACCCAGACCCAAAAGCAAUGCACAUUCAGGUCCAAUGUAAUAGGAACAGUGGGGCUAUUGUCAAAACUGAACUUGAACAAUGCCCACUUAGAGCUCUUGAAACAAACACCUUUUUGGAUGCUGAUUGAUGCCAUUAGGAAAGGUAAGUUAGCGGAAAAAGCUUGCAUGAAGCACGAUAAAACCAUCCUGAGUAUCAUUCAGAACUAUGAUACCAAUGACAGCAAGUUCCUCAUUGGUGGUAAGAAGGUUGCCAUAACAAGGAAUGACAUCAAGCUAAUCUUUGGAAUAGCUUGUGGGAACAAACAAAUAGGAGAUUUGAACAAGAAGAAAAGUGAUGUUGCAUUUGCAAAAAGAAGGGGGAUACAGGAGGCAAGGAUUGGUAGUAAAAAGAUGAAAGAUAUGAUCAAUGAAAUACUUUCAAAAAAAGAGGAAUCCAUAACUGAAGAAGACAUCCAAGAUGUAGUCCGCCUUGUAUGCAUGUUCAUUUGCCUGACGCUGUUCUUCUCCACAUCAGGAGUCACCAUUGCAUGGACAUAUGUGCAUUGCAUGGAGAAAAUAGAAGAAAUAAAAGACUACGACUGGGCACAAUCCAUUGCAGAAACAUUGAAUACAUCAAUGCACAAGUUCCAUGACAAACCAAGAGAUGCAACAGGAUGUGUGGUGGCAUUGAUGUACUGGAUUUGUGAACACACGGAUUUGAUUGCACGACCAAAAAAUGAAGCAAUUCCAAGACUACUAAACUGGAACACCUCAGACCUGAAAAAAAGAAUUGAUGAUUUUAAAGAUUUGAGCAAUCUCAACAUUACGGUAUAUGAGGAAGAACUUCAAGAAACAUGCCAAGAGGCUCAAGUCUACAGCAUGCCACACCCAGAAGUUGUAGAUGACAAUGACAGGGGAACUAUAUCACAGAUGAUGCAGCAUACACAAUCUCCUCAAAGUCCGGCACUACGACUUGAUGAGAUACACUUAACUGAAAAACAGCAACCAUCUCCUCUUGUGUCAACAUCAUCUACUGAGAAACAACAAGCAAUGUUCUCACAAUCACAAUCAGGCGAGACUAUGGUUCCAAGUACCUACCAACCUCUGGACUCCAUUAAUUUCAGUCAGGGCCUAAUUAAAGAGCACAACCAGAUGGGUAAAUUCUGUGACAGCUUACUGGAGAACAAUGAUCAAGUUAUCAUCAAGGAUCUCCAGCAACAAGUCCAAUAUAUUCAGAAUCAAAAACAAAUACUUGAACAACAAAACCACGGACUGCAAAACGACAAGGAUGCAAUGAAAAAUGAGCUGGAGGAAAUGCAAAAAGAACGGGAUGCAAUGAAAGAAAAGCUGCAGAAGAUCGUAACUAUGUCCAACACAAUGUUGCAGGCCCAAGAACAACACAAGUUCCUGAUAGAGAAGACUGCAGUCUUGGAAAAGGACAGCGAUACAAUGAAAAAUCAGCUGUUGGAAAUGGAAAAAGAAAGGGACUCACUGGAACAAAAGCUGCAGAAGAUGGAUACAAUCUCAAACGUUUUGAAAAAAGACAGGGAUGAAAUGGAAAAGCAGCUGCUGGAAAUGGGAAAAGAAAUGGAUGAAUUUGAAAAACAGAAACAUAUGAUGCUGGAACAAUUUGAAAUUGAGAAGAACAAAAUCAAAAAGGCCCUUACAAUGCAAGUUGAAUCCCUAAUGACCGAGAAGGGCCAGCUGCAAAAGUAUCUGAGCACAACUGAACAAAGGCAAAAGGCUAUAAUUGUUCAAAAAGAUGCAGAAAUACGCAGCCUAACCAACAAGCUUUCCCUCACCAGCAAGCUUUCCAUCCAACCGCAACAUACCAAAGAACCUCAAAAGCAUUUACCGGUUCUCGAGACUGAUUCCUCUUUGCUCACACAAAGAAGUGAGGAAGCAAUACAUAACAUCACACAAACGUACACUGAUCAGAAGAUUGAGCAAGUGGUCCAUGAAGUUACACAACUAUAUGCUCAUGCAGGGAAAGAUUCUGAAGAGGACAACAAAGAUGAUAAUGCAAAACAAAGACCACGAAGGCAAAAAAUGGAUGACAAGUAUUACUAUGGUUCAAUCACAAAGGAUGGUCGCAAAAAAGAACAAAUUGUCCUUGUCGAAAGUGACAAGCCACAAGCAGAAAUCAAGAAACUUGAUGACAAGAUUCCUCCCCUAGGAAAAAAGGCAGACAUUGUCCUUGCAUUGCUACCUGACGAAUGCCAAGAAACAAUCAGAAAAUUUUGGAAACUCGAGGAGGGAUGUAUGCACAUAUGGGAUUGUGAAUUAGAUGACCUGCGCAUAUAUCAAGAAGAUGUGAGGUUUCUGCUAUGUGAUUGA